CCUGGUUAAGGACAUGUCGGAGCCUAACAGGCGUGCCUUUGUGCUGACCGCCGCUCACUGUUUUCACAGGAAAUACUUGAAACAGGAUUUACUGGUGAGACUAGGGGACACUAUUUACUCCCUGAAUGAAGGUACGGAACAGGACUAUGGCGUGGACGAGAUAUUGCUCAAUGGCUACCGGCCGUCCGGGCCGAGGUCUCGCAUCAUCCGGAACGACAUUGCUCUGCUCAAGCUGAAUCGCGACCCAGUGUUGGGCCCCGCCAUUCGUACUAUCUGCUUGCCACACAAAGGUGGAAGAGGUGAGGAGACGGACUGGAGUAUGGAGAUCCCGCCUGAAACGCCAGUUGUAUCCGGGGGCUGGGGCUGGGAGAAGGACGUGGGCUCCGACAACAUCCAUCCCAACCUCGACAAGAUGAAGGCCAUCAAUUUAUAUACCCUGAAUACGUCGGUGUGCGAGAAAGUAAUGGCUGCCGGCCCUAGCACCGUGUGUGCACAUGACCCUAUCAACAACGCUGAUACAUGUCUAGGAGACUCUGGCGGACCGCUCAUGAGAAGACGCGGCUCUAAGCGAGGCAAGGAUGACAAGGGCACAUGGUUUGUCGCUGGCGUUCUCAGCUACGGCCCGUCUGGCGAGGAGAACUUCUGCAAUGUGCCGGGCAAGUUCGGCGUUUACACUAAACUGGACGAGAGCAUGCUGAACUGGGUCUAUCGAAGGCUGGGCAAAGAAAUAUGAUCCGUAUUCUGCAUGUAGCACAGAGAUGGACACACCCACAUGCAUGCUAUAAACACACAUACACACACACGCACACACACACACACACACACACACACACACACACACGUGCAUGCGUGCUUGCGCUCAUGUGUACAUUUACUGACACAUACUGUAUGUACGCAUACUCUUGUCUUGAGCAGCACACCUGAAUGCUAUUGAAAAUUCCCGACUCCCGACUGGGCAGAGAUGGUACGGUAACGGGUUGAAAUCCUUGGACGGUCCAGUGUGUACAUUUGCUUGUAUUGUGCAAGGCACACUUAAGGACUAUACGUGCUCCUAUGUGCCCCUCGUAUUGACCACAAUAUACUGGGAGUCGAAGCUCGCCUUCCCCCCCCCCCCCCGCCUCACGCUUUUACUUCAUCAGUUGCACCUGAGGAAUUAUUACCAUUUUAAUACUUCAAGUAUUUACAAAUAUGAUUGUGCUUAUUCUUUAGUUCUCUUUCUCCUCCUUUUUUUGCCUGCCUUUGAAUAUAUUAUAGUCUCAUCCCUGGGCAUUCUGCCACAUUAUGCUCUUAUGGGUCAUCUGCUGAGAUGUAAUCUUUGUUGAACCAGGAUUCAACAAUGCACACGUGACCUGUGAAGUCUUGAUGAAUUGAA